GGGUUUGCGACGCUCUGGCGCCGCGGCUCGACUCUUGUCGCGACUGUUCGUAUUUACCCGUUCACACAAGACUCAGUUCGAGUACGAAACGCGGGUGGGAAAUUCGGUGAUUCUCUCCGUCCAGGGCGUGCGGGUGGCGGUAUCAGUACCACCAGCCGCACGCCACAAUGUGCUCUUGAGAGCUCCAGGCGUGAAACGCUGGGUGCACGGCAUCAGAAACUAACGGUAAAGUAAUUUAUCGUAUGGGAGCCGUGUCGGACGGUUGAUCUUCCAUUAGUGGGGAGGUACUUGAGUGCAAUAUACGAACUUCAACUCGUUUGAAGAACUCGAUACCGAUCACAGUUGUGAGCAGAGUUUAUAUUUUUGUUUGACUUUUUGGUUGUCGCGAAAACUAUAUCACACCAUAAUGAUUCUCAACAGCAUUCGAAAGAUCUUUAUGUCGUUCCGUACCGAAGAGGAAGAGCGACUUUACUCCCGAGCAGCCUUCUUCAAUCUCCUUGGGUUCCUUGGGUCAUGUGUGGCGUUCUCGGUGCUUGCUCAACGAUUGCUGAGAAAUCCACGAGAAAUAGCCCAUAUUGCCAGGGCCAACGCAUUAAUCAGAGCCAUUCAGGCCUAGGCUGGCCUUAGAGGAAGCCUAUACCGCGAGAAAUAGGUCAGAUAUAGGCCAUAGCGCCUAUCAGGUUCAUCAAACAAUGGUGUAUAAUAUCUACAGGAACUAAUACAACAGAAAGAAAAGAGAACACCAUC